AUGAGUCCAACUCCUAACUCGGUUGCCAAGACCAAGAGGCCGAUCGGCCGAAAGGCAGCCAAAGAGAAGGCCAAGAAAGGAGGUGAUGAUGAUAUCAAGGCUUCAUUGUCCGCCAUCAUGCUUGCAAGAAAGGAAAUGGCGGAUGAUAGAAAGAUGUUGAAGAAGCAAGAAAUUGAUGAGUUGCGGGUGGCCGAGGAGAGGAAGGCGGCCGCCGAGGAGAGGAUGGCGGCGGUGGAGGAGCUCAAAGCUCAAGUUGAGAACAAAAAAGUGACCAUGGAAGAACUUCGUCGAGAACAAGAAAGGGAAGACAAACUCAUGUUCAUGGACAACAAUGGCAUGAGUGAGAAGCAAAAGCAAUACAUUGAGAUGUGUCGUGACCAAUUGAUGGCCAAGAAGCAAAUGGGGUCAUACAUGGCUACCUUUGGUGGUGCUAUGGCUGGCGGCGCGGCAGUGGGCAUUGGAGGAGGGAUGCCUGGCAGCUAUGGUGGAGGCAUUGGAGGAGGCAUGGCCAUGAGCUAUGGUGGAGGCAUGCCUACCAUGGGUGCAUACAUGGCCGUCAGCUAUGGUGGAGGCAUGGGCGGCGACAUUGGUAGAGGCAUGCCUACCAUGGGAUCCUACAUGGGCGGCUACGGAGGAGGCAUGGCCGGUGGCAUGGGGAACUACAUGAGUGGCAUCUUUGGUGGAUCUACGGAUGGUGCCAUGGCCGGUGGCAUGAGUGGUGGCAUCUCUUCCAACACCACCAAUGUAGAUGAAGAUGGAGGCAAUGGCGACAACAAAGGCAUGACCAGCGGCGAUGGCAUGAUCGGCGGCGAAGGCAUGGGUGGCAAUGACGAUACCACCAUCAUCAACGAGCCAUGA